AUUGGUGAUUCUGGUGCAGAUGGGUUAUUAUGUAUAAGCAACUCCAUUAGCUACGACAUCAGAUAUACAUGGCCAGUCAAUGAUCGCGACACGAUGCGACUUCAUCUCUUAACCCUUUUUAUAGGGAUCUUCAUCUCCUAUGUCGCCGCCUCCUCCGCGCCGACAUUCUGUAAAUGCACCUGUUUCAAGAAUAGCACCUUAAUACAACUCGGUCCGCAAGGCGAUUCAUCCUUCGGCAAACCCGAACACCCGGCGUCACCGCAACUCCAAGAGCGCGCCGCAUCAGCUUCUUGCACCCAAUGUACCCGAGCUUUCUGCCUUUCGCAACACCUCCCUAUCUGCAAGGAUGCCGAGGAGACCGACGUCAUCACUACCUGCUUCCAGCGCGAUAGCCGCAAGGACCAGAUCAUCGUCUGGGGUUUUAUACUAGGUACCAUUAGCCUGUUGGGUUGGGCUGCUGCUAAAAGAGUUGUCGAGUUCCGCGAAGGGAAGAAAGCUGCCGCUCUAGGAUUGGGAGGCUCUGGCACAGGGAGUAGAGGUGGGCGAGGAUCCGCCCAGGAUAGGGGUGUAUAUAUGCCUGUUGGCAAUGACGAUACGCAAGGACUGAAUAGGUGAAAAGAAAGAGCAUGGUUGAUAUCGGUGAAUGAAUUUUGGUCUAAAAUAUUGAGACUUUGACAUUACAAAUGGCGUUUAGGGAGGCUCUAGAGGAGUCAUACAGAGAGAUACUACGGUUCUCAUAUCGAAGUACAUCGGUGUACACAUUGAAGUCAAUACUAUACUACAAGCUAAGUGUGAUCUGACGAGCGAGAAAUCAAACGCGUUUGUCUGAUUUU